AUGCUUUUCGAUCGCUUGCUUUUCGAGCAUUGUAAAGUUACACGACUACCCGAGAGUGCGUUGCGACCCGAAAAGCAGGAGGUUGCCUGUGGUCGGCGGCUUGUGCUUUCGCCAGAUGCCCUUCGCUUCGCGCGACGCAGUCGGUGGGCAGCGAGUCGAGUUUGUUUGCCGAUGACACUGAAGAACUCGUUUUGGACGAGGAAAAACCCGGCGAAAGUACUGCACGUAAUCGGACAAGUUUUUGGACACGCCGUGGCGCGUUUUUCGGUCGAGGAGUUUGAAUUGUUUCUGGACAUCCUGGUAAUCACUGGCGGAAUUUUCGGCGCAGUCAGACAAACUGGCGUUCGGCUCCCGACGUCAGUGCCGGACAGAGGCCGAUGGUCGAAAUCCAGUAUCCAGUCGUUGCCACUGUUUUACCCCCCCCUUUUUUUCAAGGUUCACGCAAACGCCUCGGAUCCGUACGUCUUGCGGGUGUCCAGAAAUGGCUAA